CCCCAUCCUACUCCCUCUCCCCCUCCUCAUCUCUCCCACUCUUACCACGCUCUCUUUCUCAUCCUCACUCCCCGCGGAGCAUGCGGCUGUUGCUCUCGCCAUGCCGAGUCUCGACAUCCCCGGGGAAUUCCUCCGGCAUGCUGUUCUAGAUACCGUGGUCCCGCAUGCUUCAGAUGUCGACCUCGAAGCCGCGCUGACGUCCGCGCUGGAAGGCGGCGCCGACAACCUCACCGCGGUGCUCUCGCAUAUUCCGCAGCGCUCGCUACUGUUCUUUGAUGAGUUCUGCGCCGCUCGCAUCGUCUUGCGCCUCUCCAAUUGCUCGCCCUCGAGCUUGAAACACCACCUCCCUCAUCUCGAGAUCCGUCUAGACGCCUUCGCCAUUGACCCCGCUGAGACUGUCGGCGAGAAUCCCACCCCGACGAGAGAUCUGGUCUUUUCAGGGGUCAUCAGCUCCCAGGAGCCGCUAGUGGUGGUGAACGAGUUCGAAGGGGACGCCGGUGGCGGGAAUCAUGUAUACGUGAUCUGGAGCAUCGAGGCCUUUCUUAAGCGCCCCCGCAUACGGAUCCAACACCCGUCGCUCCUCUUCAUCGCCGCCGCUAGCCUCAACCCAGCCAACUCGCGACAGCCAGGGUCGCGUGGCGACGACUACCUCCCGCCUCUAAUCCCUGCGUCGACCAACAUCCUACAGCCCUUCUCGUCCGACAAAUCCCUGAACCAAAAAGAUCCCUUCCUCCCUGCGUCCCGCCUGCUGCGCGUGGUCCCCGCGAAACACAGCGAAGACCCCAUCUACAAUGUCCAGCAGCAUUCCGGGCACCCGAUCCGCGUGGUUCCUGCCGCCAGUGCUAGGAUCCGCUAUUCUCGACUGAACGCCUAUAGCGGACGGCCUACGACGGUCGCGAGUCUGGAUUUUGAGGUGACGCCGUUCCUCAAUUGCGAUGUCACGUUCGAUAAGGCCGAGCUCAGUAUGUCGGACGGGACCAUCGAAACCCUCUCGGCCGCGACGGGGCUUGUCCCGCCCAUCCGAUGCCUCCCCCGGGAUGAUAUUACACUCGUCUACAAGCUGACACCGGACUAUGGUCCAGGCGCCAAUCCCUCCACCACGGUGAUGGUUAGUGUGCUAGAUAUCUCGUUGGAGGCGGUCAUCCACCUGGCAGACAAUUGCAACCCGCGGAUCCUGAUGCAGUGGCGGACCAAUGUCGACUUUUCGAUGGUGCUCAACCCCACCUACGGGGGACCGAGUCAGGCUUUGCAACGAAACAACCGCCCGGCCAGUCUUCCUAUGACCCCGAGCCAGAGCAACGUGGCGGGCGGGCUUCCACCAAACCGAAGCUCCCUGCGCGAGAGAGCGUAUUCGACCACGGACCUUGGGGUGUCCGUUUCAUUCACCGGCCCUCCGCGGGUGGAAGUCGGGAAACCCUUUUCCUGGGGCGUCUUCAUCGUGAAUCGGUCCUCCGCGUCGCGCAAGUUCUCCAUGGUGGCCAUCCCUCGUCGGAAGCGGCCGGAUCUCCGGGGGCAUACCGCCCGACCGUCGUCUUCGUCAAUGGCGAGGCGUCGAGAAUCCCAGGUGGCCGAAGCGGUGACGGACGAUAACAUCAUUCAUGCCCUGCAGAAGAGUGUGGCCGGCCAGGAAGCCGAGCUCGUGUCUUUGAGUACCGAUGUCCGGGCUGGUCCCCUUUUGCCGGGCACCUGCUUUUCGACUGAGUUGAAGCUGCUUCCGUUGGCGGUUGGGGCGCUCCGGCUGGAAGCGGUGCGUCUGGUGGACGUGAAUACGAACGAAACGAUUGACAUCAAAGAUCUCCCGGAUAUCCAUUCCUUCGAUCGGAAGGGGACGCCGACAGAGGCAUCCGUUUGAGAAGUGAGAAAAUAGCUGUUAUGAUUGAUCCAAUGCCGCCUACGAUACAAAUCCAUAGAUAUGGCUGUUUUGAUGACUGGGGAGGAUUCAGGGUGGACGUAUAUACGCCGUACGAGACAUCAAUGCAUAAACUCUUAAUC